CCACCACCACCACCACCACCACGACCACGACCACCACCCCGUUUGAUUCUAAUUAAAGUUACCUUUUAUUGAUUUGUUUUUCUCUCUAUUUUUCUCUUUUUUUUCUUGAUAUUUUCUUAGAUUAUCCGCUUUAUAUUCAUUAAUUAAUGGAAGUGAUAUAUAUACUUAUUUAAUUACAAAAUAUGGUAAAAUUAAUAUGAUUCAUCUAUUAAAUGAUACAUAUUUAACACCGGAACAAAUUAAAUCUAUGGCUCAUUCACUAUCUACAACAUUGAAAAGUUGUCAAUAUGGUGAUGAUCAAUGUACAAUUAAUGAUUUUAUCUCAAUAUUUACAACACAUGGAUGGUGUUAUCAAUUUCAUUUGAAUUCUUCGAGAACUGCUGAAUUGAAAUUAAUAUUGGAUCCACAAGAAUAUGAUUAUAUAAUACCAAAUAAAGGUUAUAUUGGAUUUUAUUUAAUGGUACGAAAUCAAAAUUGUUCACCUAGGCAACUAUUCAAUGUUAAUAAUGAUAAUGAUGAUGAUGAUGAUCAAUCGAUUAUUGUUGGACCAAAGUUUCAUUCGUAUAUUGGUAUACAACAACAAUAUUUUAUCAGAAGUGGAAAUCAUAUUGGAACAAAGAUUAAAGAUAUUUGCCCAGUAUAUAAUAUACAAUCAGUUGUACAAUUGGAAAAGCUUCCAAUUCAAAUACAUCUAUUACAGAAAUUCAAUACGAAUUUAUUUAAACGAAAUGGUACCGUAGUUCAAUAUGGUAUAUUAUAUCAACAGAAAGCAUUUUUACAAAUCUAUAAUCGUACCGCCUAUUAUUUAAUUAAAAAUUUAUCUAAAGAAUUAUAUCAAGCUAAAUAUUUAACAAAAUUUACUAUUCAAUCUAUAUGGAAAUUAUACAAGUACUUGAAAUAUUUCAAUCCAAUCAAAUCCAUUUAUAAUACUACUACCAGUACUACUACUACUACUACUACCAGUACUAGUACUACUACUAGUACUACUAAUAGUAAUGAUAAUCAUAAUGAUUGUUAUACUAAAGUAUAUCAAUUAUUCACUUCAAUGAGUAAAGAUAUUUUAUCAAGGAAUACAUUAUCAAUGAUUGAUCAAGAUCAAGAUCAAGAUCAAGAUCAUGAUCAUAUUGAUUAUGAUUAUAAAGAAAAUCAAUAUUUUAUAUAUAAUCAUACAUUAGAUCAUAUUGAAUUACAAUUAAUUAAUAGUUUUUUUGAAACAAAAGUGAUUGUAUCACCAAGUUCUUCGUUAUUACGUAAGAUAUUAACUGUGGUUAUGAAAUUUCGUUAUCUUCUAUCAAAUUAUAGUGAUCUAUCUACAAUUCUAUAUCAUAACAAUCGAUCAUUGAUUCCUAUUAUUCAAUCAUCUAAUCACUAUCCUCAUUUAACUUUAAUGAAUUGUAGUCAUUUUAUUACAUAUUAUAAUGAACAAAUGCAUAAAUGUGGUCAAACAGCUAGUGCUGCAUUAACAAGAUUAGAUUCUAUUCAUUUACAAUUACAUAAUUUAAUUAAAUAUAAUCAUUUGAUACGUUUAUUAUUUCCUAAAACUUCUUUACCUUAUACAGAAUUAUCUAUAUCAAGUAUGGUCAGUUUGAGUAUUAGAUUGUCUAAAUUGAAUGUUCCAACAUUUCAUGAAGGAUCAACAUUCCAUAUAGAUAUUUAUUUAAAAAAUUUACUACUCACAAUAUUAAUAAGUAUAUUCACAUUAUAUUUAACUUUAUUUAUCAUCAUAGAAUAUUGUUCAGUAAAACAAACUACUAAAUUAACCAAUCAAAUUUGUUCAAAAUGUCAAUUGACCAAUCAAAAUGAAGAUCCCCAUUAUCAUCAUUGUCAUUAUCACCAUGGUGAUAAUGAUGAUGAUGAUGAUGGGGAUUCAUGUAAUCUAUUAUCCAUACAACAAUAUAAUCAAUUGACUUCAUUUGAAACACUUCCACCAAAUAAUAAUAAUAAUCAUAAUAAUAGUAAUAGUAAUAGUAAUAGUAACAAUGGUAAUGAUUGUUAUUACCAGAGAUGUACCCAGAGAUACCAUGAUAGCAACAGAAAGAACUUUACUUAUUCAACAUAUGGUAAACACGAUCUAGAUGAAGCUUUCAGUAAUAAUAAUAAUAAUAAUUAUGGGUUGAAUUCAUUCAUCACUGAUAGAUUAGAACAUCACUAUACAUAUGAUCAACCAAUAUCCUCAUUGCAUACAUCAAAUGUGAUGUAUAAAUGUGAUCAUUUAUGUCGAACUAAAGUAUAUUUACAUGAUAAUAUUGAUGAUCAUGAAGAUGAUGAUGAUGAUGAUAGAAAUACAAUGUGUAUUCCAACAUAUGUACAUAGUUUACCUUUACCAAGAAUUGAGACAUUGAAUGAUGAAAAUCUCAAUAAAACAAUUUUAAUCCCACCGAAAUUAAUUCAUACCUCAUAUUCUUGUUGUACUUCUUCUUCUUCUUCUACUACUACUACUACUACUACUACUACUACUACGACGACGAUGACGACGACGACGACGAAGACGACAUCAUCAUCAUCAUCCAAGUAUAAUUUACAUUCAUCAUCUUGUAAAUGGAAUAUUAUCAAUCAAAUUCAAUAGUUCAUUUAUGAACUAAUAAUAAUAAUACAAAUGACAUUUGAUUAUUGUAUAACUCAGGUUACUAAAGUAUUCACUUGUCUUCUUCUUCUUCUUCUUACAUCUUUUUAUCCUGU